AGAGGCGGUUGCUCUUUUUCUGGUCCACCUUCCGUCCCCACUACUGCCUUUAUUUCUUUCUACCGGUGUUGGUCUGAGAAUAGGGAAAGGGGAGAGUGGUUCCUACUCUUUUCGCCGUUCUUUUCCUCCUGAGCAAACAAAUACGAGCUGCUCUCCUUCUCUUUGCUUUUACUUCUCCUUCUCGCGAGGGCACCGCCGGCCUCGCUCUUGCUCUCGCUACUUCUUGUGGGAAGAGAGGGGGAGGGCAGAUCGCGAUGGUGAGGGGGAAGACGGAGAUGAAGCGGAUUGAGAACGCGACGAGCCGGCAGGUGACCUUCUCGAAGCGCCGGAGCGGGCUGCUGAAGAAGGCCUACGAACUGUCCGUGCUUUGUGACGUCGAGGUCGCGCUCAUCAUCUUCUCUUCCCGGGGGAAGCUGUACGAGUUCUCCAGCUCCAGCAUGCAAAGCACCCUUGAGCGUUAUAGAGAAUACUCCAGAGAAGAUACCAGCAGCACUAUAAUGGAAGAAGAUACUGAGCAGUGGAAGCAUGAAGCAGCAUGCAUGUCAAAGAAGAUUGAGCAUCUUGAAGCCUCUAAGCAGAAGCUUUUGGGUGAAAACUUAGAGUCAUGUUCAUUUGAUGAGCUAAAUGAAUUAGAAGGUAAGAUAGAACAGAGCUUGCGUAGCAUCAGAGGAAGAAAGUAUCAUUUGCUGAAGGAGCAGAUUUCACAGCUUAAAGAAAAGGAGAGUUCCUUGGUGAAGGAAAACGCAUUACUAAGUGAAAAGUGCAAGCGACUGCCUCAGCUGCCAUCUGCUGCUUCCAAGGGAGUUCCGCCAUUUGGCACACUCGGCCAACAUACUGAGGUGGAGACAGAGCUGCGCAUUGGAUUUCCAGGAAGAGGGACGCACUGAGGCGUGUGGCUAGCGAGGUUAACCGAUCAAUCUCUAUCUCGGAUCUCCAUGUCUCGCUCACAAUUUAGGAGCACUUGUAUACAUAUCAGUAGCAUAUGAUGAUAGGCACAUUCAGAGCGAAGUAUCUAUGUGCUGAAAAAAAAAAAGAAUCCCUUAUUGUUAUUUUUAUCAGAGUGCAAUCGAGAAAAAAAUAGAUUUAUCGGUCGUGU